AUGAGGCUUUCUGCUGUGGAUUGGCAAGGUAACGGUGAAAACCGUUCACGCCAGUGUCGAAUGAGGCUGGGCCACGAAGCCCUCCAUUGUCAAAUAGCCCAGCAACAAAAGCAACCUGCAAUGUUCUUGUGCCUUCAUGUGGUGAAAGGUGCCAAAAGGUGCUUCACAAGGAAAGCCAAAAGGAUCACCUACAAAGUGACCAUUGAGACUGGGACAAUUCAAGGUUCUGGAACCUGGAAUUAUGUUUACUGCACGUUGAUCGGAGAGAAGGGAGAGAGCUACAAGACCAGCAUGAACAGAUGGCUGCACCUUGAUCUGAAGCAAGGAUCUGUGGGUCACUACGAAAUUGCAAGUGACUGGGAUCUUGGGGCCAUUUUUUUUGUGAAGCUGCAAGUAACUCCAUUCAUCUUUCAAGAUUAUUGGUUCUGCUGCUGUGUGACGGUGGAGGUCCCCAAGGGAAACACCUUCCAUUUCCCCUGCUACAAGUGGCUGGACAACUAUACCAUACACCUCCGGGAAGGAACUGCUAAGAGAUUCCAUGAUGAUUCGAUGAUGCCCCUGCUCCAGUCACAUCGCCAAGCUGAACUGAGGGAGAAACAGCAGCACUGCCGGUGGAAGAAAUUGCCCUCUAAAAUGCCAAAGUGUAUUGAUGCUCAAUUGGUGGAUGAUCUCCCUGUAGAUUUGAGGUUCAGCUGUGAGAAAGAAUUUGGUUUUGAACUCUCUGUGGUAGAGGGUAUUGCAGAACUGGAAUUGAAGGAGAUUGUGAACAAUUUGGAACACCCUUGGACCACCACUGAGGACUUCGACCACAUCUUUUGGAAAGUCAACAGUCCUAUUGCUGAAUUUGCGAAAAAUCAUUGGACGGAAGAUUGGUUCUUUGGAAACCAGUUCUUGAAUGGCUUCAACCCAGCCCUGAUAGAGAAAUGCACCAAAAUCCCACCAAAAUUUAAUGUGACAGAUGACAUGGUUAGGAAGUUUCUGGGGAACUCCACACUGAAACAAGAAAUGAAGAAUGGUAACAUCUACAUUGUCAACUAUGAGAUCUUGGAUGGGAUUCCAGCCAAUGUAAUUAAAGGCGUGCAGCAGUACACUGCAGCACCGAUCUGCCUGCUUUACCGUAAUGAACAGAACUACAUGAUGCCCAUUGCUAGCCAGCUGAAGCAGACCCCGGGAAAAGACAAUCCCAUUUUCCUUCCCUCGGACACAAAGCUGGACUGGCUGCUGGCCAAGAUGUGGGUGCGGAGCUGUGACUUUCAACACUUUGAGCUGGUCUCCCACCUCCUGAAGACUCACCUGAUCGCUGAGACAUUCAGCUUGGCCACUAUCAGGCAACUGCCGUCUGUGCACCCCAUUCACAAGCUUCUGGCUCCUCAUGUGAGGUACACAGUAUACAUCAACACCCAUGCAAGACUGAAACUGAUAGGCAAUGGUGGAUCUAUCAGCCAAAUGUUUGGUGUCAGAGAAGAUAAUUUUCAUUGGCUGUGUUCACAAGCCUUCCAAAGGCUGACCUACCGGUCACUGUGUCUGCCAGAAAACCUGGAGGACCGUGGAGUCACAAAACUCAGAGGGUACUGUUACAUGGAUGAUGGCCUGCCCCUAUGGGAAGCAAUUGAUGAAUUUGUCACCAGAAUCGUCAUGUAUUACUAUAAGACCGAGCGUGAAAUUAAAGAUGACCCUGAACUUCAAGCCUGGAUUAAGGACCUCACUGAAGUUGGACUUGGAGAUAAUGAUCAUAAAAGCUCUGGAUUUCCGACAGCGUUCCACACCAGGAAGGACCUCUGCAAAUUCCGCACCAUGAUUAUCUUCACGUGCAGCGCCCAACAUGCAGCCCUGAAUAAUGCACAGCAUGACUGGGGUGCCUGGGUCCCCAAUGCCCCUUGCUCCAUGAGGAAGCCUCCUCCCACUACCAAAGGGAUCGUGACCAUGGAGCACAUCAUGGAAUCACUGCCAUCCCUCCACCAAUCCUGCCUCCAGAUGGCAAUUCUCUGGAUCCUUAAUCGGAAGCCGUGUGAAAUGAGAAAACUGGGUGAUUACAAAGAGAAGUACUUCACUGAAGACAAGGUGCAGACCAUCAUUGGGCAAUUUCAGGAAGCAUUGAAGAAAAUUGAUAGCGCAAUUCAGGAGUAUGAUGAGAAGCUGGUCUUGAAAUAUGAAUACAUGCGUCCUGAGAACAUUGAGAAUAGCAUCACCAUCUGAUGGGUA